UUCAGUGCUUAUCGGUCCGAUCUCGAGGAAACAAGUGUUUCAGACGCGAAGCUGCGUUGGUCCAGUGUGUGUGUAAACAGUGACUUGUUUGUGCGUCUUUCUUUCUUUCACGCAAAACGAAUGGCACCUUCAUUUUUGUUGUGAAGUUAACGGGUUGACGAUUCGAUUCUUCUCCUGCAAGGCGACGGGAUGUCGGCUCACGUUCGAAUUCAACACCGGUAUAUAUCUGGAAUCUGCUCCAGCGGCUGCACCGACUUUCGCGAUAUUUCACCGGGGACGAGUUCGGACGGUUUUCCUCGACUCGUCGCAGGACGAACCGAUCGGUCCAAGUCGAUUCGUCCCGUCAUUGUUCCGGACUUGUUAAAUGGUUGGAAAAAGAAGUUGGUUGGGGGAACGUAUCGUCGCGAGAAACGUAUUAAAGCCGGUAUCGUAAACAAGACUAGGAAGCUGCGCUGAAACGGAAGAAGUAAAAUUAAAAAAAAAAACCGCGAACUUGGCCGGCUGGAUUGGAUCAUCGUGCAGUUUAAUACACUCGACACAUGGGAUGUACAGGUUGUUCAGGGCGCUGACUGGAGGGGGCAGACAGGCAAGGUUACCGGAACCUAUAAAACGACCAACCUGCGCUAAAAACCUGUCCAAACGAGUAUAGGACUCUGAAUUGUGCGCCGAGGAUCGGCGAUGCUAGUUGGAUCUUAGCGUCUCUACGUCUGGGAAUCCGUGCUAAUAAUAAUAUAUUAUUCGCAUAACCGUAAAGUGAACGUUUGACCAAAUUUUCCACCGGUGUCAGUGACUGCGGGGCGAAUAGACGAUGAUACCGCUCCUCCUGGGAUUGCUUGCUCUUGGUGGAGCGAGGGGUUCGCCGUCACCGUCGACGUCGGAUACGUCGAGGGCGGACACGACGCCGUCAGCCUCGUCGGCGCUCGGCGCUCUCUACCGUCAGGCUCGUUCCGACCAAUAUUACACGAGCAGAUACGCCGGGGACGGUUUAUCCGUGAGUUCAGGAACAAUCGGCACCCGGAGUCCGGAUUCGAACGAGCCGAGAGACGCCGCCUAUUUCGAAUCACGAUGCAUCACCUGCGACCCGAACAAGCCCUCGGCGUCCGGCGCCUCUGAUCGUGGGUACAGACAGAAGCCACGAUACGACUGGUACGACUACGACCUUGAGGAUCGAAGGUCACCCGUCAGCUACAGAGAUCGAUACGACGACUACGAUCGAGGCAGGUCACCUGGAUACGAGAAUCGCUACGACCGCGAUCGAGUCUACGAUCGAGAUCCAGGCUACGACCGAAACUACGACCGAGGUUAUUACGAGCGGGGAAACGGAUACGACAAUCUGGAUUCUCGCUACCCUUACGAGAGCCGAGAGGACGUCCGGUAUUACAGCCCAUCCAGGAGGCCAAGCUACUACGAGGAUCCGUACGUGCCGCGAUACGACCGACGCAACCGGUACGGAAAUCGGUACGAGCAGUCCUACGACAGGUACGAUCCCUAUGACAGGAUCUACAGCAGGAAACCCGCCGUCGACGAUCGCUACAUCUACGACCGAUUCGGAAGCAGGGGAGGCAGCGCUGGUGGCAUCGGAUACGGAGGCGGCGCGGCGGGCGGAGGCGGAGGAUACUUUGCUUCAGGGUCGUCUGGAAGCUGGGGACCGGGAUACGACCGCGGAUACGCCAGCGCCUGGAACUACGCCGGGAGCAGGGACAGAGACAGGGACAGGGACAACUGGAGGGACAGGGACUUCAACCGAGAUCGCGACCCAGGAUACUAUCGACCGAGGGAUUAUUUCUACGACAGCACCGCAGCCCCGGGCGCUUCCCGGGGUACGAGCUACCUCCACGACCGACCCGAGUCCUCGACACCGUCGAACAGCAUCGGUCAGGAAUCAGCCACAAACUCACCCAAGUCGCAGGACACUAACAAAGUAUACAAGGAUUAGGAGAUUAGGUGUUAAGUCGCAUUAAAACUUGUCCAAAUCACAGAAUCUGGAGUUUUUUUUUUUCAUUUUUUGUUUUUGUACGUUUUUACCUAUUUUUUUUUUUUUUUCCCCUGUAACGCAAACCGACAGCUGUUUGAAGAUAAUAAUAAUUUUUCAAUACUUUAACGAAGGAAGGCAGAUUUUGAAGAAGGUAUAAUUAUGUUUAUCUGCAACUCGUGACUUUUUUGCCGUAAUAGCGUUGGGUAAAAUUGAUUGACUUCCCUCUGCCUCGGAUAUAAUUAUGAUGCCUAAUUAACCGAUCAUGUUCAUUUUUUUAUUGCGUUGAGUGUGGUGACUACUCUGAAAGAGGUUCCAUCCAUCCCUGAAAAUGAACACAAAUGAUUUUCAGUUCACUUUCCGAUUUCUUGCUGAGAGAUUUGAAUAUACGCUCUCAUACGUAUGUGUAGAUAAUAUUUAUACGUUAUAGUUACUAUGUUUGAUUUUAUUUUUUUUAUUAUUCUUUAUUCUUGCCUCUAAUUUUUAUUCCUAAUUAUCUUAACUUAUUCCGUCCCACGUGCAGUUGCAGACUGUGUAUCAAAAUCCUAAACGCGAAAUUCCCAAUCCACAUUUAUUUAUGUAACUUUGUAAUAAUAAAAUCGUACUUCAUGAAUAAAUUAUCACAAUAUACUCGUAAA